UCUCCCGCACACCGCGUGAGUGCGCUGUGAUGCCGGAGCGCGCGCGCAGAGAGCAGAGAAGUGCUCUUGUUCUAGCCAGCACCACCGCGGAUGACGUUGAACAACAAAGAUGGCAGGAGGAAACAGCAACUAUUGGGAAGACCUGCGGAAGCAGGCGAGGCAGCUGGAGAAUGAGCUGGACCUGAAGCUGGUGUCCUUCAGUAAGCUGUGCACCAGUUACAGCAGCUCUCGGGACGGCCGUAGAGGAGACAGUUCGGAUACAACACCUCUGCUCUCCAACUCCACUCAGGACAGAAUGUUUGAGACCAUGUCAGUGGAGAUUGAGCAGCUGCUUGCGAAGCUUACAGGGGUGAAUGAUAAGAUGGCUGAGUAUACGAGCACACCGGGAGUAACGUCUCUGAAUGCUGCUCUAAUGCACACUCUCCAGAGGCACAGAGACAUCCUACAGGACUACACACAUGAAUUUCAUAAAACCAAAUCAAACUUCAUGGCAAUCAGGGAGAGAGAGGAUCUCAUGGGAUCUGUGAGAAAAGACAUUGAGACAUACAAGAGCGGCUCGGGGGUGAAUAACAGACGGACAGAGCUCUUCCUGAAAGAACACGAGCACCUGAGAAACUCAGAUCGGCUUAUUGAUGACACAAUAAGCAUUGCAAUGGCAACCAAGGAGAACAUGACCUCCCAACGAGGUUGGUUGAAGUCUAUACAGAGCAGGGUCAACACCCUGGCCAACCGUUUCCCUGCCAUCAAUAACCUAAUACAGCGGAUCAACUUGAGGAAGAGACGGGACUCAUUAAUUCUGGGAGGAGUCAUCGGCAUCUGCACCAUCCUUCUGCUGCUGUAUGCAUUUCACUGAUGGACAGGGGAGCUAACCGACUUCUUUUGGGGGGUGUUCUGCAGAUCAGUGGCGAAGCAUUGAGAAAGGGCUCAAUGAGAGGCGGACUAUUGGGGCCACAGAGCAGAAGCCCACCUGGCCUAGUCUGGUAACAGGAUUGAUUGUGGCCAGCAUGGACCUUAUUUGUAUUUAGCAUCGGGAGGGGUUUAGCUCUAACAGCCUUUUUUUGUUUCUGUACUACAAACAAUGCGCUGUUCAGAUGUGAACUGGGACUAGAGACCAAAUUACUAACAGGAAUAGAUUUCAAUGAGCAUAUUAUAACACAGUGGCUUUGAGACAAGAGCGAUGCUGUGAAGCAUCAACUUUGCGUUGUGCUGUUCCUGUAUAUUAUUAAUCGGAAGAGGGUUUUAAUUUGAUGAUCCUUUUAGUAAGAGGGUUUCUCAUCAUGCUGUGUACUUUGUGAAUUAAUAAAUUAUUCAUAUACAGGAUAUUAAAAAUGUGUGUCAAACACUAGGGGUCCGUCCUCUAAAGCUUCUAUUUUUUAGAUAUUUCUAAACUCUCUCAUCAAUGACAUUUUAAACUGGAGAAGGCAGUCCAAAAAUAAAACACUUGCAUUGCAGCGCUUGACAUGUCUAACCCUUCUCUUUCAAGGUGCUGUUGCUUUAUGCUUUUGCUGAUGUGUCUUUAAGUUGAGAGCAGGUUCAUGUUAAGAAUAUCUGGCUAAACCAACAAGCCUGCGCUCGCAGCCCACUUUGUCUGCUGACUUACAUCCACACAGCUCCUCCUAUGGAACUCGAGCGUGAGAGACAGAAGCAGGUCAGAGCUUUAACAUGAUGAAUAUACAAGCUGAGAAGCAUCGAUCCAGGCAAAUGAAAAACUAGCACUGGGAUUGCAUGUAGAGGUAAGACCAGCACUCUACGCAGCAGGGUUGUAGUAAGGAUUGGAAGCCUUAUUGUCACCACCUGUUUCUCUAUCCCUCUUGUGUUUACAAAUGAUGUGCCAUCUAUAAAAGUGAGCAUUUCUGCUGAGUCUCUCACAUCAGAAGCUAUAUGCUAUAGUUAGACUGGUAGAAUCUGUUUGCCUGAGGUAUUUCCAUAGAUGCAUAAAGAGAGUGAUGUUCACAUAAACUCAAUAUAAUCACUCAGUGGAGACAUCAGCUUUCCCAAAACAAUAAACUAGCAUGGUCUGUUGGAAACUAAAAAAAUCUACUUUGUUCCCUGCUGGUCCAUUAUCUAAAGGUCACAUCAGUCUCCUGCUGCUCCAGUCCAUACAUUGACCAAGUGCCCUGAAAUGCAGAACAAAUGUUGAGGGACUGAGGGUCUUUUAUAGAUGAAGUGAGCCUUAUUGACCAUAGGUUCAUCACAAAUCCCCAAAGGUGUUUCUUGCCAUACUUCCAGAGAGUUUGUAUUAUUGAUGUAUUUUGUGGCAACAGCACUAAAAUAUCUAAAAGAUGCAAAUUGUAGAUGAAGUAACAAAAUGAGGUACCUUGUUGUUUUCUCUGCCUAAAUGUGUCUGUAGGAGAGGUACUGCAGCAGUCAUUUGGAAGCUAAUAGGCCACGCACAGAACUCCACAGGAAGCUUCCUCACCUCCCCUGCUGACUGAACCAUGUUCUCUUUACACCAGCCCAGAGAAUAAAUGAAUAAAUCUU